CGAUCAAGAAAAAGAGAGUACGAUGAGAGGAAGAACAAUUGAAGAAAGAAGAGAAUAUAUAUGUAUAUGUAUAUGUAUCAGGAACGUGACGAGGAUGACAAAUUAACGUGGAAGAGUAUGCUUGAAAGGAGUGAGUCAAUCGUUACGUUUGAAAGACAGAGAAAUGGAAAGAAAGAGAGGAAGGGAUAAAAUACUUGGACGAAUAAGCAGACAGUGAAAAAAGAGUCUUUGCGGGAGUCGCCUUCGGCUGCUCCCUGCUGCACCCACGUGCAGGCUGUUUGCUCAAUUUCCAUCGGACAACAUCGGAGCAUUUUUAUCCUAGAUUUAUUCAAAAUUACCCCUCGAUACUCGGCAAAUGUAUUAAGAGAAAUUAAUAUCGAGAAAAGUGAAGGUAAACGUUGGUGUGAACGCAAGAAUGAAUGCGACGGCUUUAAAGUGAGAUUGUGCUACGUACUUGUUACGAAGACAUCGUAAAAUUAUGUGUCAAAAUUAUCUAUUAUCGAUUGAACGCGACGACGGUGACCGAUUCAUCCAUCGCCUAUCGCAAAUGCAAGGAUGAAUUGUUGCGUUUACAACAAGUGAGAUUAUUCGAUAAUGUUGGCGAAAUUGUUAAGAAUUUCUUCAGCUUUCAAUUGAUAUACAUAUACCUACUUCCGUCGGAAACUGAGUCGGUGAUUCGAGCAAUCCUUUUUCAGUAAUCGCAUUUCCUUUGACCGGCGAUAACAAGUAUAUAAUAUGUACAUGUAUUAUUACAAUUUCUGGUUUAUUAUUUGGUUGUGAUGUAUUUCAGUGAAUAAUGAAGAUUCUCUGCUAAAAUCACUGCUCGUGUUACAAUAUGGGAUUAGACACAGAGCUUACCGGCAUUCUUCGGGGUAAGUCAAGUCAAGUCAAGUCAAGUCAAGUCAAGUCAAGUAAUUUUAAUUUUAUAUACCUAUUACAUAUAUGAACACACGAUGUGGUGCAGUUUUUGGAAUGUCUACGAGAAGUGAAACUUCCAACCAGUCUAGAAUGUAUACGAAACAAUUUGCUGAUACGUUCGAAAGACACAUUGACGAUGUUCAUGGUGGAGAGACUCGGGGCAUCGAAUUCUCCUGAGCCGUACUUAAACAUGAACGCAGCCAGACCGAAGGGUUUGCUGGCGACAUUAAAAACGGAAAGCUCCGAGCUUCAGGAAUACGUGGGAGCAGAGGAAUCUCGAACGCAAAAACAACACCAACAACACCAAGAUUAUUACGAGACUUUACGAACGAUUGACUCGACGACGAAUAAUGUGUUUGUGGUAAACAAUGAAACGGCCGCCAGUCAUCCUGACACAGAGGAACAAAUUGAAAAUACGCUCUUCGACGUUUAUACGAAUUUGUCGGCGGCGCAAGCGAAAAAUAAAUGUCAAAUCUACGGUUCCCUUGAUAGGAGAGAAGGAAAGAAAUUAUUCGUUUUCGAACAAUAUCGACCGUGUUGGGUUGGUUUAAUCGGAUUACACUUGUUGAUCUAUGGAAGCGAUCGUGACAAUCGUCCUUGCACGAUUUUACCGAUACACGGUUAUAUGGCUCGAGCUGCUCCAAACGCUAUUCCUCGAGAUCAACGACGAAGCGAAAGUACCUUUGAGAUAUUUUGUCCUGGCAGUAGAACCUUUCAGUUUGUCGCGAGAAAUCGAAAAAAUAUGGAAGAGUGGAUAGCGAAAAUUUGCGAGUUAGGAGGUGUCGAAAAAACUGACCAUAAAAUAUCGUCAAAAGCUACGGCGAUUAACGCAUUGGUAGAAAGCGAUACAACGCGUCCAGACGAGCAGAAAAAUUCGAAUUGUAAAGAAGAACGAUACCAAGAUGUAGGAUCGUUAACUAUCGAUAACGUUUCCGAAGAAGCAAAUUCGAUCCUGACAAACGUUGUUAGCGAACAUAUCGAUAAAGAAACAAAUGAUUCUUCUUCGAAAGAUACGUCUCGCGAAAUCACUAAUUCUUCUUCUUCUUCUUCUUCUUCUUCUUCGUCUCUUCCUCCUCUACUUGUUUCUACUUGUACUAUCGUUCCUGCUGCAUCUUCUGUUCUUUCACCGCCUCCACCACCUCCGCCACCACCUCCGCCACCUUCCUCCCCUGCUCGUAUUCUUAAUACUUCAUCGAUUUCUCAAAUCCCACGGAAAUUACCUUCUUUACCUGUACAUCUUUCGUCUUACGAAUUUCUUGACGAGGAAGAAGACGACAUUUAUCACAAGAUCGAAGAUUUCAGAGAUUCGACGCGAUACGGAAAUGUUGGUGAAACUGAAACGGAUAAUGCUCGAUCUAAGAAAGAACCUGUAACUUACGACGAUGUUCGCGCAAACAUCAAAGGCGAAAGUACAUCCGAUCACGAACAAACAAGGAAAGAUUCCAAGAACGUUGCAAGAAAAUCGUUCAACUUACAAAACGAAACGACUUAUGACGAUACCACGACAAAUACCAUAUCGAAAGAUAUUAAAAAGGUUGCAGUCAACGAACAAGCCAAGUUUGUCUCCUACGACGAUGUCGAGAAUUUAGCUUUAGCGAGAUCGACCAAAGUUCGAGGAACGGACAAGACGGACGAAUCGACGAAAUCACCGCAAAAGAAAUCCUUUUUGGACAGAGUGAGAAGCAAGAAAGAGUCCCCGAAGAAAAUUGAGAAAAAAGUAAAAUGUAAAACUUCGAUAUCGCCACCGCAACCGGCUCCGGCUUCCGUUUCGACUUCGCUGCUUGUAAACGAUCAGUCAUCACCGCCGAUUUACUAUGACGAUGUAUCCGAUUUGACUAAUAUUCAACAAAUGAAACGUUUCGAAGAAGAAAAUUCAGAGUACACCUGUCCGCCCGCGCCUAGACCGAUUUACGUGAAACCACCUACAAUUGUCGGUACGGUGACAGAUUCGCAGGAAUUUUACGACGACGUUGGUACAUAUCGUGAAAGACACGAGAAAGAUCACGAUCGUGACUUGUGUAAAUUUCAUCAGCCGAAGAAACAUCAAGUUCCCAUGGAUAACGACCGCUCCUUAUUGUGCGAAAAUAUCCAAGAUAACGAACAUUAUAAAACACCACGCAUCGAUGCUGGUCAUUCUAAGAGUAUCCUUAUCGAUCAACGAGACGAACUGUACGACGAUAUUGCGAUACUCGCAGACUUUACAGCACGACAAAAGGAAUAUUUCGGUAAAAAGAAUAGCGAAGAAAUAACGAAGCUGCAAGUUAGUCCGGAAAAAAGAUCAUGGAAUAGAUUUGUUAGCGGAAAAAAAUCUAAAACGUUCGAUUCGACUGUUUCUGAAACGAACAGCCGAGUCUCGAACGGAACCGAAGACACGACGGAUGAUUUUAACGAGCAACAAAGCUCGAUGCGAAUGAACACGAUUCAAAAAUUGAUCAGCAGAAUGGAGAACUCUUUUGGCAAAGCAUCCGUCAGGACAGCGUCAUCGAUGCUGUUGAAUAAAACGAACGUGGCCAACAAUGCAUAACAUUUUAAAAGAAAUGCUUAAAUGCAUGGCAUCCCAUUUCAUUUUUCUUUCCUUCUUCUAUUCGAGACAAUUAUUUACAGACCAAAGAUAGUACAUUACUUAUUUCUAUCCUAUGAAAAUGCUUAUUUGUAAGAAUUUUUUCAUCUUACAGAAUAAACGACUGUCCCUGAUA